AUGAACAGAAGGCAUGCUAGGAAAUCAAAAGAUCGAAAGCCCCAGAACCUCUCUCCAUUCCAAGGUCGUGUCAAGGAAGAGGAGCCUAGAAAAGCCGAGGAGGAAUUGUCAAAUCUUAUGACUGAUGAAAUGGAUGAUUUGGUGGAGGAAGAACUACUGUCGGAAGCCGACCUAAUGACUAUGUUGCAAGCGGAUAUGACGGACGAGUGGGACGUAAUGAACGUGGACAGAUACUCUAGAAAGAAGUCCACCCGUCAAAAUAAGGCACGUCAUAAAUCCAGAAAAAGGCGAUACACGUUUACAAGUGAUAGUUAUAUCGUUAAUACAGAGCCAUUGGGCUUGAUGCAACACUUAACACUUUCCGAUGCGCAUGCUUUGACAAUGGGAUUGCCAACAGCCGAAGGACGAGCGUGUGUACGUCGUCUCUUUGGCCUACUAUUGUCCGAAUGCGCUCCGAAGGCAAUCUACCGGAAGUACAUAAAAGACCAUCAAAUUGUUCUGGAUUUGAGUCAACUCAAUAUAUCUCAUUAUUACGGGUAA